AUGCCCCUGGAUGGCCAUGCAUACCUCGUUAGGCAAGGUUGGGGCGGGAAAGGCACUGGGCUUCGUACAGGUGCUAUUGCUCGCCCGGUGACCAUCGCUCAAAAGAAAACCCUUUCUGGAGUGGGCAAAGACCGUGACGAUGCAUUUCCCUUCUGGGACCAUGUAUUUCAAGCAGCAGCCAUCAAUAUACAAGUGAAGUUGAACCAAGAUGAAGAUGAUUCGGACGGCGCUGCUACACCCGAACUCAGCGUAGAUCUGCAACGCACGAGUACAGGCAUCAUCUCAAAUCGCAGACCAAAGACAGGCACGCCCGCUCUAUCUGGCACUACUACACCGGAUGUCCAGGUUACCAGUAGCCCCACACCGCGGCUCAGCGUCAUGGCUGUAGCGAAGCAAGAAGCUGCCAGGCGGAUGCUCUACUCCAGCUUCUUCCGCGGACCCGUGCUUGGCUUCAACGAUGAUAAGAACAUCGCACCGGCGACCAUACCAAGCCCGUCGCAUGCUAGAGGACGUUUCGAAAUUCUCACAGAGACUGACGGCCCAACAUCGGGGGUGCUGAAAGAAAAGAAGAGGAAGCGGGAGCCAGAGGACCGUUCUAAUCCACCUAGCGACCGAAAAGACAAGAAGCGAUUGAGAGAAAAGUCUGCGAAAGAUAGUGGUCGAAAGGAAGCAAAGAAACGUAGGAAGGAGGAGGAUACAGUGGAGGCCCCUGGUGCUAGUGUUGGUGACAGAGCUGAUUUCGAGGGCGUCGUAAUGUAUUCUGCCCAGCUCGAUCAAGGUCGGGAAGCUAAGCGCAUUGAGAAGGCAGAGAGGAAAAGACGGAAAGAGGAAAAGCGAGCAAGAAAAGAGGAGCGACGCAAACCCAAAUGCAACUUUGAUGGUGAGGAUUCCAGGUCAACUGCGCGGACGUGGGAUGGCGAAGGGAGGCGGAACUUGGAUGAUACAUCGGUACGAUCAUCGACGUCCAUGGUUGAUGUCACUGCUAAAGCAUCUCUAAAACGGGAGAGAGAAAGGAUAGUAUCUAUACCCGAGAAGACUAAGAAAAAGCGUCGGAAGGAAUUCUAA